AUGGAUUUCAUGCUCAGGUGUAACGACCUGAAGUGUCGGACACAGCUGCGCGAUCGCGCUGUCGUCACUACAUGCAGCCAUGUCUUCUGUACACAGUGCGCAGACACGACUGGAUUGUCCAGAUCGCAGAAUGAUCACAGGAUCUGUCCGGCAUGCAAUGCGCCGCUGCAGAACCCUGACGAUGUCGUUGUUGCUGGUCUCAAUCCGUCAGAAGACUACAAAACGAGCGUACUGAGCGGCCUCAGUCCGACCAUCAUCAUGGAGUGUGCAAGUCGUAGUUUGGCCUUUCACAGCUACCAGACAUCUCAAGAGAUCAUCUACCAAGAGCACUUGGCGAGAGGAUUGACCGAAAAAUACAAUGUUCUCAGUCAGCAGAUGGACCAGCUCAUUCAUGAUGCAAACUCCCAGAUCAAGGUGCUACAGGAAAAGGUGCGAGCUCAGCAAGUAGACCAAGAUGCUCUUGAGACGAAGAACAACGAUCUUAGUACCGCGUACAGGGAUAAGGCAAGAGAAAUUGCACGCGUUAAACAAAUGUGUAAUGCCAUGAGGCAACAAGAGAUGGCAUCUCAUGUUGCUGUGGCAGCAGGUGAUCAGGCAGAGCUGACGAUUCAAACCGCUCAAGGCAACCGGUCCAUCGAUCGUAUGCCAGGCGUCAGGACUGGUACAGGAGCUUACAGUCAGCCGGGUGUUGUUCAGCAGUUUGGUGGGGCCAAGAUACACAACAGAGCAGGCAGUGGCAGCUCUGGUAGUGUUGGUGUUGGCCCUACUCCUACAUAUGCUCCGCGCUUGCAAGGGCGUGGCCUGGGUGUUCAAGUCCAUAGCGGUCAACCUGCAUCUAUCGGAACGCCACGACAAAACCGCCUACCAAUAAUUGGCGGAACACGUCAAGGUCCCAUACUCCAUACGAAUAUUGGACCGCCAUACCAAGCCUCACCCAUGAUGCAGCAGCAGCAGCCAGGAGGACAGGCUAGGAUGUCACAGGGCUUUGGAAACUCCAUGCUUGGUGCAACGAGACUCUCGAGAAAAGUUGGUGGUCCUCUGCAACGAUAA